CGACAAAAUGGCGGCGCGUUAUUGCCCUCCGCCAAACUUCCCAAUUUUCUUUAUUUAAUGUGUCAUCAGUUAUGGUGGAAGCGCAACAAGUGUUUUAAUUUAAUUGUAUUUAUCAGUUCGAAUCAGACAUGUGUGUUUACUAAACUCUUCUGUUAUCUACUUUUUGAUUUUUAGUGAACAAGAAAUAACUGAAUUAGAGGACCAACGCUGUUAAUAUAAUAACGGAAAAGUCGGAUGUUUGUAGGUUUUCUUUAAGUGGGCUUUGGUUGAAAACCAAGCUUGUUAGAUUAAAAUGAAGAAAACAACCAAAAUAUCACUCGAGAGUACCAAGCCUACCAAGAGAACUAAGAACAAUAAUACCAAGCAAGCCAACAGUAAAAGUAAAAACGUAUCUACAAACAAAAUUAACCACAACUUAAUUAAAAAUAAGCCACCAGUAUUCAACAUGAACCAACCAAAAAAGGAGCAGCCGAAAGAAAUAGUUACAACAGUUGUCAACCCUGUGCGGAACCUUUUUGAGAAAAUCAAGCUACGUAUGGACCGACAACACGACUCAUCUAGCAGUCUGUUCGCUCCACCGGCCUCUUUACAAACUGACGAACAAAAACCGAGCGAUAACGAGGUCAUCGUGAUCAACGAACAAAUUCCAGAGGAUGUUGUAGUAAUCGACGACGCAGACACGAAUGUGCAAUUGGAUGCAAAUUUGAGUAACAACAACGAAGAGAAACCGAAAACUUUGGAAAGGCAAUGUUCGGCUUGUAAACAAACAGACAAUCAAACCGAGUGUACACAUUUGGGUAUAAAACUCGUACAAAAGCAACCGGAAUGCUCCCAUUCAGAAUGCAAACCAACAGACAAGCAGCCUGAGUGUUUUUGUUCAACAAUUAAAAAGACCGAGUGUUUGUCAUGCGACACCGAGUGUAAUCAUCUGGUUUCUGACAAACAAACCAAAUGUUCUCAUUCGUUAAAUAAACCUACGGAUAAACCGAGGAAACGGAGAAAUAACCUACCAACAAUACCACUGGACUUGUUCAAUUCAUCUAUGUUACUAAGGUCCGAGUUGAAAACUCCCCAACCAAAAACCACACCAGAACCGGUAGUGCGGAAAAUCGACAAUAAACCGGAAAAGUGUUGCAAUAAACCGAAAAAGAGCGCUUCUACUUCAUCUGAAAAUUUGGUAUACGAAGUGGUAAAACAGAACAGUACUGAACAAGCCGAAGCUAACACUUAUACUGAUGAGAACAAUGAUGUCGUGAUUGUGGAGAGUGCUAAUCAAAAAGUCGAACCAUUGAUUAUUAAGUUGAAGGUGUCUCAGAACAACAAACCUGAAUCGCUUACACUGAAGAAAUUUAUCGAUAAAACGAGCCAUGAAAAUAGCAAUAAACCCUUAAAAGAUGGAGAAAAUUUGAAUUUAAAUGCCCUCGAAGAACCAUUGGUUGUUGAACAAACAGAAAAUACAACGGAACAAUCUCCUAGGCAAUUGAGAUCAAAUCGAACUCGUAAACCUGGCCAGUUAACUGAAGAAGUGGGGGACGAGAAUAAAUCUUCCAUAGAUGAAUCGGAAAGUCCGAAAACUCAUUUUACCGAGUGUUUAAUCAAGGAGUCAUCAAAGAAGGCAAAAUUCCAAGCGAGGUAUGAAAAUUUGUCUAUUGAUUUACUCGAUUAUGCUAACAUGACAAUAGACACGACAACACCUAGAAGGUUGAGAUCAGUUCGUUUACAAAACACUCCUAAUACCGGUUGCAAUUCAACCAAUGAUUCUAAAGAAGAUCCAGAUAAUUGCACUGAAGGGUUGAGUAACUUGGAUAAAACUAUUGAAUCAGUUGUUAAUUGGAAAGAGAAUAGUCAAACUAGUGCAAAUAAAAAUAUGAGAAAACGUGUCUCUCAGAAAAAAGCGAUUGCUAAGAUUGGAAACGUUUUUAAGAAACAAUCAAAACCUAAGAAGAGUACUGAUAAAAAAUCUACACAGAACGUUAGAAAAAAUGGAAAAGCCAAAAAAUUACCAGCUAAAAGCGAUUUACAACAACCCAGGUCGCUUCGGUCCAAAUCUAAAUCGUUCAAACCGCCAUCGAUUGAAGUAAAAAAAGAACUAAUCGAAGGACAACCGGUUACAAGAGUAGAACAGAAAGUUAUUGCUAUUGUACACCACGAACCAAAACCAAAGUCCACGCACUCAACCGAAACUGCAAUCACUGAAGAAAUCAAACGAACCAGGCAACGAAAACUUAUCUCGGAAAACCUGAACGAAAUCAAGCAGGUAAAAGAGAAACCGAAACCUAAAAAUCCUCAAAAAGGCAGGCCUGUUAAAAAACCUUCUGAACAUACAACAGAUAAACCGCUUAAUAAACCGAAAUUCGUUAAACACACCAAAUUAAUUCAACGGAUAGUCGAAGAAUUGAAGAACACUAUAUUGAACCGUAGCAAAUCCGGUAAGAAACUGUCGGUUGCAAUUAAAAAUAAACUUCAAUUAAAAGUGGCCAGGAGGAAAUUGAUGCGAAGGAAAGCCGAGCUCAAACGUCAACUGAGAUCCCGAGAAUCUGAUAAAGUAAAGGAGGAAACCACUGUUCAUUUGGUCGAUGGUUGUUUGGAGGAAAUUGCUGGCAAAAAACAAACCGAUUCCAUUGUAAUAAUCAACGACGUUACAGUUAACAAAACUGUCGAAGAUACGAAUGAAUUUAACGGUAAAAAGAGUGAUAUAACCGUGUUCGAUUUCCAAGACACCGAACCAGACGAAACUCCAUUAAGGCUCAAAUUUACACAGCCAAUGAAAGAGCAGAUGAAAACUCCAUUCGACGAUGAAUUUGUUGAAACCUCGUCUCGUUCGCCAAUUAAAAACGAACAAACCCAAUCGAUUCUACAAUCCAAUUUGGGCGACAAUCAACCAAAGAAACUCUGGUCCAUUAUAGAGACCCCUAAGACGCCCAGACCGCCCAAACCAUCGCUGCAAUUCAUCAACAUGGCCUCACAAUACCUCAAAGACGACGACUCGCACGAACCACCAUCCGUAGAUCGCGAUUCACAACCCGUGCAAGAAAAGAAGUCUCCAUUGAAACAGCCAACGAUCAUAGAAAUGUUCAGCAAAGCGUGGAAGAAACGCGACGUAAAACAAGACAUAUUCUCGAACAUCCCCCCGAAAACCGAACCAGCCAACAACCAGAACAACCCGCCCUCUCCGCAGGCCCAAAAAGACCCCCGCAGUCCGCGAAGGGACCCCGAGGAGCACGAGCACGACGAACUGGACAAGGACAGCGACACCGAGAGCCGCAUGGAAUGGGUGCCGGAGGAGUACGCCGAGUACAAGAUGAAGUACUCGAUGCAGUACUCGCGGAAGCUGUUGAAAUCGAACAAGCCGACGUUCAAGUGCAAGGUGUGCCAGAUGCCGCAGCCUACUUACUACAAGUUGUUGAAGCACCGGCGGCUGCACGAGGGACAGGACAGGCCGCACGUGUGUCCCCAUUGCGGCAGCGAAUUCAGGGAGGUGGAGGACUUUUCGGCGCAUCUUCGGGUGCACAAGGGUAAACACCCGUACAUGUGCAACAAAUGCGACUCGGGCUUCUGGACGAAGAAGGCCUACCAAGCGCACGCCGCCGUCCACGUCCUGAAGAAGCCCAAACCGCUGGCGAAGAAGUUCCGGUGCGACGUCUGCGCCAAGGAGUUCGCGAAGCUGUGCGACGUGGAGCGGCACGCGCGCGUCCACACCGGCGAGAAAUCGUCGGUGUGCAACAUCUGCAACAAGGGCUUCGUGCAGGCGCACAACCUGAGCAAGCACCUGCUGACGCACCUGCACGUCAAGCCGUUCGUCUGCGAGAUCUGCGACAAGAAGUUCGGCAGGAACGACGUGCUGAGGCGGCAUUUGCUGACGCAUUCGGUGCGGAAGCCCGUGGGCUGCGAGAUUUGCGGGCGAGGGUUCAUCAGGAGGACGCAGCUGGUGCAGCACGUGAGGAAGAAGCAUCCCGAGCGGUUGGGCGAUUUCGAAACGGCUUGAAUUCCGAAGAUAUUUAAGUAUGUUAAGAAUGGAAUGUUCGAUGUAUCGAUAUGGCAAGGUUACGAAAUCGUGGGUGUUGUAAUAUUGAUUCGAGUUUGUUCACGAGAGGGCGACUGAGAAUAUGAGAUUGGAUGUUAACAGGCUCAUAUUGCUCUAUUUUUCUAAUUUUUUUCUUCUCGUAUUCUAAAGUCAUUCUCUUUGAUAUAUAGCGACUUUGAUGACUUUAAAGAAUGUGCCUUAGGUUUGUUUGUUGAAGAAUUUAUCAAUAUUAUUUAUAAAGCAAUACAGUACUUAUUACAACAAUUAAGAAACUGUACAAAUUUCUCUAACUGAAAUCUUUAUAUUGUAGUGUUAUGUGAUUUAUCAAUGCGCAGAUUUUGUUAACUAGUACUGUCAAUUAGAACAUAGAGAUUCUGAACAGAACUCUCGUUCUGAAAAAUAUAUAUUUUGAAUAAAUUACUCUGUUCAUUGUUAAAUCCGCAAUUAAUGUUAUAUUCUCUACUGUGUAGACAUUUAUCGAUACUUUACUAUAUCAGAAUUUAUACAGGGACAAUCGUGAGUCUUGAAUGAUAUCCACCCGUUAAGAAUAAGUCUAUAUUAACCCUUCUGACUCGCACUUAAAUGUAAUUUCCCAAAAUCUUACCAAAUAUGUACUUUAUUUAAUAUUUGUUUUCAAUAUUUUUUUACCCAAAGGUUGUUUUAGUUCCGAAAUUAAUUAUAAAGUCCCUAUAAUUAUUAUUUAUAUCCACGGGCUGUAUAUUCUUGUUUUUUUUAUAUUUUCUCGACUUAGGAGCAAUUUUUAUUAUUAAAUUGUGUAAAUUGCGUUUUUUAACUAUUUUUUAUACUGAUCUUUCAUAAAAUCAUAUUUAUUCACGUGUGUCGCGUUAAUUUGGCUAUUUAAAUGUACCAUCUGAAAAUUUGAUCAUAGAAUCAUUUAAUUCCAAUUAUAGCAAAUUUGCUCAAAUGAAAAUUGACUUCUUAAUAAGCAUUUGAGAACCUUCUCUUGAGAGCUAUGUAUAAUAUUAGCACUAUUUUUAUUUUUAUUCGUUUAGUAUUUUGAAAGAAUUCAGUAUUUUAUUUCCUUUUUUCAAUAAUUACAUUCGUAAUUUUCAUUAUUUGAGUGUUAAGUUAGAUAAAAAAAUACGUGCCUAAAAUGUAAUUAACCUGUGAUAGGCAAGAUUCUUCCUUGAAAUUUAAUAAGAAACAAGAAACUGAAUCAUUUUCUUGUGGAUUUAGAAACAUGUUGGCGACUACGCUGAUUUCCAUUAUUCCUUGUAUUAUGUAUUAUGUAAACAAUUACAUACUCCUAUUAGGAAUGGUGUAUUUCAGCCUUUUGUGCCGAUGUACUUCUGAACUUAUACUGUAGUAAAAAAAUGAAGUUUAUGAUAAGGUACAAUAAGUAUCUAUAUAUUUUAUGAAUUUUAUAUAGAUGUGUUAUGCAAACGAAUAUAAUACUGUAUGAUUGAAAUAUACUUAUAUUCUAUUAUAAAACAAGAUGAUUGUUUAUAAGUUCUUAAAUCUUUAUAAGUUAUUAAAAUCUGAAUUUUUAGAAAGGGAUUUUAGAUUUACUCCAAUUGAUCUAAAGAUCUAAAUAAAAGAUCUGUUAUUCGUAAUUGUGACCUAAGAGGAACAUUAUCAAUCAUUCUUGUGUUGUUACACUAGGUAAGGCGUUUGAUAAAAUUAAAGCAAAUUUCAUGUUCUCAGAGUGUCACAGUCAGGGCCGGAUUUAGAUAAAGGCCCCAGGUUUUUAAAUAACAUGAUAGACAAUACACCUGAACAAUUUGAAUGUAGGGCCCGCUUGAUUUUGAGGCUCUAGGCUGAAGCCUUGUUAGACUAUAGGAAAAUCAGCUCUGGACUCACAGUCCUUAAGGUUGACAUGAAACACAAAACAUUUUCUUUAAACUUCUCAAACGCCACUCUUUAUUAUAGUUUUUAUUAUCGAUUUCUAAUAGAAAUAAAAAUGAUGCACCCAGAAUAUUUUACUUACAAAUUCAAUUAGCCUUUAGAUCACGUUAUCGCAGAUUAGCUUAUGUAUAUUUAUAGCUAUUACUUUUAAUUUUAUUGAUAGGUAUUUGUUUAAAUGGCUCGAGAAACAUGAUGUAGCUCACAAGGACUCUAGUCGAAGCUCUAACUAUGCUGAUGGUCUCGAUUCCUUUUCGGCCAUAUUUUGUUCUUCGAGCUUGAUAUAAAUUAUAUUUUCUAUUAAUUUAAAAGGAUUUGUUCGAACGAUUGUUGAGUUUGAGGUAAUUUAGUUUAGACGUCAAGAGUAAUAAAUUU